AUGAACUUUGAGGACUAUGAAACCCUUCCAACCCAGAACUCUGUCACACAUAUGACAGCUGGAGCGAUAGCGGGAGUGAUGGAGCAUUGCAUAAUGUACCCGCUCGACUCCGUCAAGACGCGCAUGCAGUCGCUCAGGUCGGCGCACAACGGCAGCAUCCGCGAGACUCUGCGCUACAUGGUGCAGCGCGAGGGCCUGCUCAGGCCCAUCCGCGGCAUGUCGGCGGUGGUCGCGGGCGCGGGGCCGGCACACGCCUGCUUUUUCGCCACCUACGAGCAGAGCAAGCACACGCUCGGACACCUCACCAGGCAUCGACACGACCACAUCACUCACGGUCUGUCGGGCUGCCUGGCGUCGCUGGUGCACGACGCGGUGUCCAACCCGGCGGAAGUGGUGAAGCAGCGGCUGCAGAU